CUCUGCUACGGGGCACCCGCACAUGGCUGAGCUGGACUCAUUGAAGCUCGCAACCAGGACUAUUGCGCAGCUGGGGAGGAGCCAUCGAUGGCAGGAGUCUCUGGCCACUCUCGCCGCCACUCCGCGCGCGUUCCAGAACUGCAUCCUGUGCAAUGCCGCCAUGAACGCCUGCGCGAAGAGCUCGAACUGGCAUGCAGCGCUGGCCAUUUUGGAGGAUCUGCAGACGCAACGCGUGGCGGAUGUGGUGAGCUACAGCACCGCCGUCAGCGCCCUGGAGCGGGGCAACAAGUGGGCGUGUGCCCUGGCCACCCUCGAAGAGAUGCGCCAGGCCGAGGUGCUGCCGAACACCAUCACCUGCAAUGCGGCGCUGAGCGCCUGUGAGAAGUCCGGCAAGUGGCAGACGGCCUUGGCGCUCUUGGGCCGCUGCCGGCGCCUGUCGGUUCAGGCAGACGUGGUGAGCUUUAGCGCGGCCUUGAGCGCCUGCGAGAAGGGCGAGGCCCCGUGGCCUAUGGCGCUGCAGUUGCUGGAGGCCAUGACUGACCAGGCGGUGGUGCCGGACGUCAUUUGCCUCAAUGCCGCCAUCAGCGCCUCCCAUUGGCCUGUGGCGCUUCAUCUGCUGCGCUGCAUGGGGCAAAAGCGCCUGCGGCCAACGAGGACGAGUUACAACGCCGCCAUCUCGUCCUGCGCAGAUGGCUCCGAGUGGCAGCGCGCCUUGCUGCUGCUCGCAAGGUGCCGGCCGGACGCGGUGGGCUUCGGAUCUGCGAUGGUGGCGCUGGAGCGCGAGGCCCUUUGGCCGCUGGCUCUUCAUUUGCUGGCCGCAUCUGAGAAGCGCUCGGCCUGCGACGCCGUGUGCUUCCAUAAUGCGCUCACGGUGUGCAGCGCGGCCAAGCGAUGGCGGGAGUGCUUGGGCGUCCUGGAGCAGAUGGGCUCUCGCUUCGGGGCCACGUUGGCGGCCUGCGAUCAAGGCCUGCAGAGCCUCGAGGAUUGGAGACAGUCUCUUCGCCUGCUGUCGCACAUGCGUCAAUUGAAGUGUCCGCCGGACGAAGUCAGCUACGGCCUAUUCUUCAAAGCUCUGGCGAUGAGCGGGGAGACUUUUGCGGCAGAGAUGGCACUGAAGGAGAUGCGGGCACAGACACUACAGCCCAACGCGCACAUCUAUGGCUCGUGCAUGUCCAUGGGCAACCCGGAAGUGUGGCUCCGGCAAAUGAUCGCAGCGCAGAUCGAGCUGCACACCUUCGCCUUCACGGCCUGCAUCGAGGCGGCGUCCCCACAGCACGCUCAUCGCCUGGCGUCGGAGAUGCAAACACGGCAGUUGGAGCCAGAUCUGGUGGCACUGAGCCUCCUCUCCUGGAGCUACACGCGGGCGCGCAGCGGCCUGCGCCGCGCGGCGGAGAUCUUGGGCCCUCUGCAGCGCCGCGCCGCGGCGCAGCUGAAGCCGUGACAGCCGUGACAGCCCCCCGUGGGCCAUGGGCCAUUGCGGGGGGGGGGUUGAAGUGAAGAUAUGAAUUUAGGUGAUUCAUG